GGAAAACUACUCUCACCUCAGAGCCUGACCCAGCUGCAGGCUUCACCUCUGUAGGGGACAUGCAGCUUGUGAUCCAGGCUGAGGAGAAAGGACCUGCUGUCGGCUUUCAUUUCCUGACUGAAGUUGGGUGAUGAGGUUAGGGGCCCAGCUGCUGAGGGGAACCGUAGUGUUCAGAUAGGCAGCUGUGCCUUUGCGUCGGCCACCUAGGAUGCUCUUCCUCUCUCCGAGUGCUAUGGACAACGGGUCGUGCUGUCUCAUCGAGGGGGAACCCAUCACCCAGGUGAUGCCACCUUUACUCAUCCUGGCCUUCGUGCUUGGAGCCCUGGGCAACGGCCUAGCCCUGUGUGGUUUCUGCUUUCACAUGAAGACCUGGAAGUCGAGCACUAUUUACCUUUUCAACUUGGCUGUGGCCGAUUUUCUCCUCAUGAUCUGCCUACCCCUUCGGACAGACUACUACCUCAGACGUAGGCAUUGGAUUUUGGGGGAUAUUCCCUGCCGCCUGGUCCUCUUCAUGCUGGCCAUGAAUAGGGCCGGAAGCAUUGUCUUCCUCACUGUGGUGGCCGUGGACAGGUAUUUCAAAGUGGUCCACCCCCACCAUGUGGUGAACGCCAUCUCCAACCGGACUGCAGCUGCCAUCGUCUGCGUCCUCUGGACUUUGGUCAUCUUGGGGACUGUGUAUCUUCUGAUGGAGAGUCACCUGUGUGUGCGGGGGAUGGUGUCAUCUUGUGAGAGCUUCACCAUGGGGUCCGCCAACGGGUGGCACGAUAUCAUGUCCCAGCUGGAGUUCUUCCUGCCCCUGGCCAUCAUCUUGUUCUGCUCCUUCCAAGUUGUUUGGAGCCUGAGACAGAGGCAGCAGCUGACCAGACAGGCGCGGAUGAGGAGGGCCACCCGGUUCAUCAUGGUGGUGGCUUCCGUGUUCAUCACGUGUUACCUGCCCAGCGUGUUGGCGAGGCUCUACUUCCUCUGGACGGUGCCCUCCAGUGCCUGUGACCCCUCUGUCCACAUAGCUCUCCAUGUCACCCUGAGUCUCACCUACCUGAACAGCAUGCUGGACCCUCUUGUGUACUACUUCUCAAGCCCCUCGUUCCCCAAGUUCUACGCCAAGCUCAAAAUCCGCAGCUUGAAACCCAGACGCCCGGGACGCUCGCAGGCACGGAGGUCGGAAGAGAUGCCAAUUUCGAAUCUCUGUCGUAAGAGUUCCACCGAUGUGGUAAAUAGUUCCCAGAGGCCGUCUGACGGGCAGGGGGGUCUCCAAGUGUGUUGA